UGAGGAAGGAACUAGAGAGAAACAAUGGAAGUGAAACUAGAAAGCAAAAGCUGCAUGGAAAAGGAUGAGGGUUUGGGCUGGGGAAAAUCCUUACCAGUGCCACGCGUGCAAGAGAUGGUGAAGAUUGACCCUCACACCGUUCCUCACAGAUACAUAAGAGACCACGCAGACAGACCAGUUUUUGAUCAACGUCCAAUUUCUUCUGAAGUUCCUGUCAUAGAUUUCUCAUUGCUCGCCAAAAGAGACCAAUAUGAACAAAAAAAGCUUGAUUCUGCCUGCAAGGAGUGGGGCUUCUUCCAGAUAAUAAAUCAUGGGGUGGGAGAAGAGUUGCUACAGAAGAUGAAGGGUGCAGGAACAGGAUUCUUCGAUCUGGAAAUGGAGGACAAACAGAAAUAUUCAAUGGCAGAAAAUGACUUACAGGGAUAUGGGCACGCCUUUGUGUUCUCAGAAGAUCAGAAAUUGGAUUGGGCUGACCUCAUGUUUCUCAUGACCUACCCUCCUCAAUAUAGAAACCUUAAAUACUGGCCACUUGCGGUACCAGGUUUCAAGGAGACAGUAGAAGAAUACACGAAAGAAAUAUGCAGGGUAAGUGAAGAGAUUCUUGGGAAUUUAUCAUUGUUGAUGGGAAUGGAAGAGGAAGGUCUAAAAGAGUUGCACCAAGUGGUCAAAUUAGGAAUGCGUAUGAACUACUAUCCACCAUGCCCCAAACCUGACCUUGUUCUUGGGGUCAGUCCUCACUCUGAUAGUGGCACCAUAACGAUGCUUCUGCAAGAUGAUCAUAUCACUGCUCUUCAGAUUCAUCACCAAGGCCAUUGGCUUCCUGUCAAACCUCUUCCUUGUGCUCUUGUUGUCAAUGUUGGGGAUACUCUCGAGGUUUGGAGCAAUGGGAGGUACAAGAGUGUUCAGCACAGAGCGGUGACGAAUGAAAGCAGAGCAAGAAUUUCAAUAGCAACGUUUGUGAUUCCGCAUGAUGAAGCAGAAAUUGGUCCCGUGGAACCAAUCCUGCGUGAUGCUCCUGCCACGUACCGAACCAUCAAGUGUGUCGACUAUCUGAGGCACUUCUUGGGCAGGAAACUCGAUGGAAAAGCCCUUGAUUUUCUCAAGCUCCAAGCCGACUAAUAACACCAAAAUUUAGAACAGUCCUAAUAAAAACACCGCAGCACCUUUUUCGAGUUCUUUCAUAUUUGAGCAGUGAUCAAAUUAAUAAAAGACUUAGCAAUGCUUUCAA